CUCUGCUGAGCCUGAAUAUGACGCAUUCAGACGCAUUUGAUUACUGACGUCAUCUGACAAUACCUACCUAUUUAUUUGCCAAAUGUCAAUGUUGUAAUUUGAACACUGUUGUACACAAACAUUUCUGAUUUCGAGUUUAUUUCUUUCUAUUUUCCAAGCAGUAAAUUAUAACCCGUAAAUAUGGGUUGUGAUGGUGGUACUAUUCCCCGACGAGAUGAACUCGUUCGUAUGAAAAAGAAACCAGAACAGAAAGACAAAGAUGCAGAGAGAUCCUUCAAAUGGCGAAAUUGCGCACUAUCGCAACAGCCGCUUCAGGAGCCCAUAGUGGCCUGUGGAUUGGGUAGAUUAUACAGUAAAAGUUCAGUGAUUGAAUCUCUUCUUGAUAAGGACACAAAGCCAGAGUCGAUUAGUCAUAUCAAAAAUCUUAAGGACAUUAAAGAUUUGAAACUAGUCAAGAACCCAGCGCAUGUAGAGACCGACCACACUGAUGGUGUUGUGGGCAAUGGAAGUGCCCCUUACAUCUGCCCCAUCAGUGGGCUUGAAAUGACCGGCAAGUUUAGAUUUAUAUUCCUGUGGAGUUGUGGCUGUGUGCUCGCUGAAAGAGCCCUGAAGGAAGUUAAGCAGAAUUUAUGUCACAUGUGUCAACAGCCAUUUAUGGAUAAUGAUGUUGUGGUCCUCAAUGGGACUGAAGAAGAUGUAGAAAAACUUAAGGACAAAAUGGCGUUACGUAUUGCCAACCGAAAAACUAGCAAGAAAUCAAAAUCAGAAAAAAAACUAAAAGUUGAAACUCUUACUGAAUCUACAUCAGAAACACCAUCAACUUCUAGCACAGAAGUUAAGACUGAAAUUAAGGAAGAACCAGAAGCUGGUCCCAGUAAUGCUGUUAAAAAAGAAAUUGAGACUAUACCACUGUCAUUACCAAAGUUCAACCCUAAUAAACAGGCAAGAGGUCAUUUUGGCUCAUCAAAACGUGCUCACCCUACGGAGUUGGCAGAUGAUCCUUCAUACAAAAAGACUAAGAAGAAUUACAGCAUCGCUAAAGAUCCGCAAGCUAGUGAUGUGUAUAAGUCUUUAUUCACAACACAUAAAGAUGAGAAACAACAGCAAAGAGCACACUGGGUUACGUACAAUCCUUUUUACAAUUAAGGACUUGUCUCACUGUCACAAAUCUUAUAUCAUUUACAAGAUGAGUGAGUUUGCGAACAGCACUAGUACAAAGAAUGCCUGUUGCAGAAUUUUAAGCUUUAGGAUUCAUAGUCAGCUAAAGCAGGAUGGUCUUGUGGCCACAUUGGUUUGUAUUUCAUAUACUUGGAGCCCAGUGCUGCAACUGCUCUGCUAGUUUAAAAGUGGUACCAUACAAAUGAAAGUAAAUAAUGUAGCCAGAGCACACAAACCAUGCUAUUGUGAGAAAAUUGAAUUGGAACUAAUUUAUUAUACUAAUAAUCAACUUUUACAAGUGGGUUUAAUAUUUUCCUUGUUAGACUAAUAUAUACUAUUUUGUCCUGUCUCUUACUUUACUCAAGAAUGACACCAUAAAGAAUACGAAACUAAUCUUAAAAUUGUGUAAUAGAAAUAAAAUAUACUAGAUAUUU